CGCCACCUCCUCCUCCCCACCCCCACCCUCUCUCUCUCUCGCUCCCCAUCUCUCUCCGUCCCGUUCCCCCCCUCCCUUCCCCGCGGCAGAGCGAGCACCGCAGGGGGAUCUCGAUGUAACACCAUGACAGGCAUCGCCGCCGCCUCCUUCUUCUCCAACGCCUGCAGGUUCGGGGGCUGCGGGCUCCACUUUCCGACCCUGGCGGAGCUCAUCGAGCACAUCGAGGACAACCACAUCGAUACAGACCCACGUGUAUUAGAGAAACAAGAACUUCAGCAGCCAACCUAUGUCGCUUUAAGUUACAUUAACAGAUUUAUGACUGAUGCAGCUCGACGUGAGCAGGAGUCUUUGAAGAAAAAGAUUCAGCCGAAACUCUCUUUGACUUUGUCAAGCACAGUGUCCCGUGGGAAUGUAUCUACUCCACCUCGCCACAGCAGUGGAAGCCUUACUCCCCCAGUCACCCCUCCAAUCACUCCCUCCUCUUCUUUUCGCAGUAGUACUCCUACAGGUAGUGAAUAUGAUGAGGAGGAAGUAGACUAUGAAGAAUCAGACAGUGAUGAGUCCUGGACUACAGAAAGUGCUAUCAGCUCUGAAGCUAUCCUUAGUUCAAUGUGCAUGAAUGGAGGAGACGAGAAACCUUUUGCCUGUCCUGUUCCUGGAUGUAAAAAAAGAUAUAAGAAUGUGAACGGUAUAAAGUACCACGCCAAGAACGGCCACAGAACGCAAAUCCGCGUACGCAAACCAUUCAAAUGUCGCUGUGGAAAGAGUUACAAGACAGCUCAGGGCCUGCGGCACCACACAAUCAAUUUCCAUCCCCCCGUGUCUGCUGAGAUUAUCAGGAAGAUGCAGCAAUAACGUGCUGGUCACAAACGUGCCAAGAAAUCCUCACCAGCAGUUGCUGAUUUUGAGAACAGCCACCUUUUUCAGGGGAAGCAUUCAGCAACCCUUUAAAGAAAAGUUAAAUGCAUGCUUUAAAAUUUUCUGUAAUUUUGGAAUGACGUAUCUUUGUAGAGGUAAUGAUUUUGUACAUUUGCACAUGUAAUCAUCAUACCCAUUUUUCAUUACUUUGAGAUAAGGUGCUAUAAAAGCUAUAGGUUCUUCUAGAACAUUUUUCUCCAAAACAAGAAAAAACUGGGGAAGGGGGGGAGGGGGGGACAAGUUGCGUAUUUCAUUGAAUUGAAGCGUUGAACAGGAGUGAGAGGAGGAGAGCUUGGCACUGACAUCCUUUUGAGAUUGUAACGUGAUGAAGACUUUUGAUGCAUCAGUCAAUGUGUGUGCAAAACCAAAUCGAUAACCACCCUCAUCAAACUCUCGUUAACAUGCCUUACGUAGUGGAGUUGUCGGUGGGGUAGUGAGUCUCUUAGGUAACGGGAAUAUAAAUAAGAAAGAAUGUUUAACAUAAUAUGCUAAAAAUAUUUUCAUACUUAAAUAACAUACAUAAAAGGUGUGCUUGCUGUAUUUUAUAUUAUCUUGCAAAUUUUUUUUUUCCUCCCUCUUGAAAUGCUGAAAAUCUUGUCAUUUGAACUCGUAAGCAAUCAAUUUUGUUAGAAAUUACUACUUUUUUUUUUUUUUUUUUGUACAAGAAGUCACAUUAUGUUCACGCCCAUCAAGCUUUUGAGGACCAACAUCCCAGUCCAACUGAGUAUUUACCCCUGUUAGAAAGACACUCGGAAAUACUUAAGUGCAAAUUUAUGUGUGUGUGAGAAACAAUUCUCUUCAUCUCAGAUGAAGUUUUAAAGCACUUUGUAGUUCUCUAUUGCCAACAGAUUUAAUGUUUUAUGUGUUGCCAAUUCUUGCAGCUACCGCACGAGCCCCGUGCCUGUGGCUGCAAAUAAAAACUAACAAUCCUGCGCACGGUUUGAGGAGGCCCAGUAUUUGUGCUAAGGGAGCUUCUGAUGCCUCUCCCUCACAACGUUCGUUGUAUUCUGAGGUUUUCUUUCUUUGUACAUUUUUUCGCUUUCCAUCGUAGGUCGCUGCGUUCCCUCUGGAAGUGUCUGUUUAGCUUUACAGUUAAUUUUGCUGAAUUUAUGACAUAUGAGCCUUAUUGAAGAUUUAAGUGCUUCUUGCAGCAGGUGGUCAGAGACCGACUUAAAAACAAAUCCAAAAGUCAACGUGAGAGCGCUUUGUGUCUGGACUGUACCUGAACGUUUGUUGCUCACCACCCUGCCUUGGGCAUCCUUCUCUCACAAGUGCUAUUCUCGGAGUUCAGCCGUCCGGGAGCGGAGGUAGGCAUCCCCCGCCCUGCCCCUGCCCGGGAACACGGCUUACACAGCCAGGGGUAGUAGGGAGGAACUCGGUUUUAAACACGGUGAUCGCCUUUGCUAGUUCUUAUUCUUUUUAAGUGCAAAAGAAAGCUCGGAUAAAGGAGAAAUGAGCUUUCCCUCCACUUUUUUUUUUUGUUCUCCAAAGCUUUAAAGGAAAAUUUUGUAAGGAUGACAAUUACCUGUGCUCCAGCAGAGUAAAAGUCACAUCAAAACACUUGGGAAUCAUCCUCAUGACUAAACCUUUAGAGUGCCCGAAUUAAAAUAAAACACCUUUUUCAAAUCCCGGAGAGGUGACUGUGGUUGUGUCAGACAGUGCUGUUGGCCGAGUUUGAAAGGAUGAUCCAGAUAUGAGAGUUCCUGGUGCACAAAGGGCCUCCCCGUGGCCCCUUCCCACCUUCUGCAGUUCUGGCAACAGCUCUGGCCAACAACUAACGAUUUUGGCUCUGCUCCUCGUGCAAGAAACGACAGGCUGGGUAAGGUCGUUCCACAGCUAAACAGUUGUAAAAUGUCAUUGUUGCAUGUAAAUUCCUUCCAACUAUAAAAAUGAAAUUCCAGUUUCUAUUUACCUAUUCAUCGUGACAGUAUUAUUAAACAGGUAAAGAUGGGACUAUUUUGUUAUACUGUGUAUAGUGAAUGUAUUGUACUGUGUCUGUGAAAACUGUGCUUUAAAUUAUAUUUUCAUAUGUUUUGUUGGGGGACAAAAUACUUUAAGUUUGAAAGUCACAGAGGUUUGUUUUAGAACUGAAGGCAACUUAAAGAAUUCCUGUCGAGAAAGCUGCUUAUAAAUGUAAAUCAAAUCACAUUUAAAAUAAACUGCC